AUGGCAUUGCUACCCGAUCUUGAUAUACGAACUGUUUUGAAUGUUGUAGAGGAAAACUUUGAAAGGCAUCAUUUGAAAACCUAUGCCCUUCGCAUGAUUUAUACAGGUGAACAUACUAUGACUAAACAGGAGAUCAUACAACAAUUUGAGCAGACAAUCCAUGAUGUGAAUGCUAGUUACUGUGAAAUAAAUGUUCAUGGCUUAUUACUCGUGUAUGAUAGUUAUUUUGUUCAUAUUGUUGAGGGCUCUGAAGACACAGUGUAUAGACAUUUAAGGUUCCUAUUUCAACGUGAAUUGUCGUGGAUAGAGUAUAUGAAAAAGCAAGAUGAGGAAGCGGCCAAUACUGAUGAUGAGGAAGAAGGUAUAAAGCUGCUUGAAGAGCCAGAAGAAACAAUUGAGAGGAGAAUGUUUAAGCGUUUGAAGAUGUUAGUGACAUACCAUUCUAUAACGAAGCGCUUCUUCGACGGUUGGCGAGCGGUGACGGCCCGGCCGCCAUCUCUGGUUGGAAAGCUUGAUGUCUAUGGCCCGCUGUCUGAGCAUGUUGAACAAUUGCGAAUUUGUCUUGAUAAGAUAAGCAAGUUCUGUGCGCUUGCUCAAGCUGAUGAAGAGCUAUCAUUUACUGGUUUGAGUGCAAAUGAUCCAAAAAUGGAAGCUUUACCUGAAGUGACUUUAUUGGAUUAUUUGCUCCAAUCCCAGCACAUACUGGAUCUUCGCCACGUAGUGCAUUUACAUAGGCGAGUCGAUGACUAUGCGUUCUAUUUUGAGAAAGUGUGGCCGCUACCAUCACACUUCACACCACGUCUCCUUUACAAGUUGAAAAUUGACGAUUCAUUUGUCGAGCCAUUACCGGUUAUGCCGUGGGAAUUAGUAAAGAAAGAAGUUGCAGAAGAUGAGGAAAGAGAAGAACAGAGUGGAAGUUCGUCUAGUGAUUGAGGCUUUUAGUAGUUUAGUUUAUAAUUUAGUUUGUACAGAAAAGGCUAUCAAAUUGCAUUAUUUUAACAAUGUGUGAACGUCCAAUCAUGUGAAAAAAUAUGUAAUGAAUAAUAAACGAUAUCCUCUAUUAGUAUGGCACAA